AUGGCAACGGCGACACAGCGAACCUCGGUUUCGCAUCUCGAUACCAGCUCGAUCUGCUCUCACCAGCCGUCAACCAACGUCGACAAGGUGGUCCAAUCAGUGACCAACGCAACAAAAAGAUUAUCUCAGAUAUCGACAAGUACCAACACCUCGUCGAAAAAGAGGAAAUCGCAAAACAAAAUCGGUCCUUGGAAACUAGGAAGAACCCUUGGCAGAGGCUCCACUGGUAGGGUGAGAUUGGCUAAAAAUGUCGAAACGGGCCAACUAGCAGCAGUGAAAAUCGUACCGAAAUCAAAUUUCAAGAAAUUGGAGAACCCAAAGUAUAAACGGUACUCGAACGAACUAGAAGGCGAUGAUGAGGCAACGCAGAGACUCCCCUACGGCAUCGAGCGAGAAAUUAUCAUCAUGAAAUUAAUCUCUCACCCCAACAUCAUGGGACUAUACGAUGUUUGGGAGAACAAAAAUGAUUUAUAUUUGAUUCUAGAAUACAUUGAAGGCGGCGAGUUGUUUGACUAUUUGAUCAAAAAGGGCCGAUUGCACGAAUCUGAGGCCAUCAACUACUUUAAACAAAUCAUCAAUGGCAUAAACUACUUGCAUCAAUUCAACAUCUGCCAUCGAGAUUUGAAACCGGAAAACUUGUUGCUAGACUUUAACAAAAACAUCAAAAUUGCCGAUUUCGGCAUGGCUGCCCUUGAAAUCAAGGAGAAAUUAUUGGAAACUUCCUGUGGCUCUCCUCAUUAUGCAUCGCCCGAAAUUGUGGCCGGAAAAAACUACCACGGAGCACCGUCUGACAUCUGGUCCUGUGGAAUCAUCUUGUUUGCCUUGUUGACUGGCCACUUGCCAUUUGAUGACGAAAACAUUCGCAAAUUACUAUUGAAAGUUCAAAGCGGCAAGUUCACCAUGCCCCACGAUUUGAGCUGGGAGGCCAAGGACUUGAUUUCAAAAAUGCUCAAGGUCAACCCAUCGGACCGUAUCGCCAUCGAAUCCAUACUCAGCCAUCCGCUUUUGACAAAAUACCCAGACCCACAGGUCUCGUAUGCAAACUCAACCACUUUGGACUUGCGCAGUGCCAUUAUCAAGCCAAUUAGCUCCAAUUUUGAAAUCGACAAGGAGAUUUUAAAAAACUUGUCAGUAUUGUUUCACAACUGCGAUGAAAAGACGAUAAUAUCUAAAUUGAUGUCACCCAAUCGAUGCCCCGAGAAAAUGUUCUACUAUUUGCUCAUGAAAUAUCGCAAUGAGCAUUUUCUGAAAAAGUCACAUUCCGAGCAGUCUGGUUCAAGAGACCGGUCAUUGCCUCGCUCUACUUCAAUGGUGCAAACAACAAUAUACAAUGAUACCGGGGAGCCCAUAGCCAAAACGAGAUCAAGAGUGAAAAAAUUGACCGAGUCGCCGUCGGUUUACUCAAACAUUUCUGUAAACUCAUCGAAAACACCAUUGAGAAAUAUCACCAACAAGCAAUCGAGACAAUUUUCCGCGUCAAACUCGUUCAACAAGAAUAGAUCAUCGUCCCACAACAGAAGCCGACUUCCAUCCACCGUUUCGCUCAAGUCAAAUUUAUCCAAAAUUCGAAGUGCAUCAUCUCCUACCCCGGCAAAGAAUUAUACUUUGGAAAAAACGCAUAGUAAUAAUAAUAAUAAUAGCAACCUUCAAAGACUAGCGAGACAUCAACCUUCUUCUGGGUCAGGAGUACCAUUAAACAAGAAAAUAAGAAGCUCAGCUAACGAUGCUAAAGAAGCACGCACUCCCAAAAGCAAAAAUGGUGAUCAUUUCAUCAAUAGUUUGGAUGAUUUCGACGAAGAACAGGAAAAGGAAAACAUUCCGACAAGAGAAACAGGCUCCACCACGACCUCCACCACCAACAGAAAAGAAGAAAGUGCUUUGGCACGGAAAGAGCGCGAGUUGGCCGAGAAAGUAAGGCAGAGGAAUGAAGAACGAGAGCAGCGAAUUCAAAUGGAGGACCAGAUCAAGAGAGAAUUGGAGGAACAAAGGACACGUUUGGAAGAACGGAAAAGAAAAAUUGCACUUGAAGAGCAAGAGCUUCUUGUCAGGCAAAACUUGCAAGAAAGACAGAAACUAGCCUUGGAAAAAUUGAAAAAGAGAAACAGCGGAAAUGAUUUUGAAACGUUUCUCGAAAGGAAUCGUCGUUCUGCUACAAUUGAACCCGUGCCAAUGCGGUCGCUGUUGGAUCCGCGCCAAUCUUCACUAUCAAGAGCUAGCACGUUGAACACUCCUUCAAGAACAAGAUACCACACGGUGCAUAGUCCCCAGGUUAGCGAGAAUACUUCAAAAGUGUUGCACAAGUUGGGCAUUGAGGUUGCCCCGUCUCCAAGGAAAUUUGAUGCCAGUUUCAAAACGUCAAGCUCGAGGAACUUGUCUGGAGUCUUGAAAAACACAGCAAAGACAAAGGGACAAAAUAUGAAAACUUCAAGCUCUAGGCACUUGUUUGAUUACUUGCACGCGUCUAAAGCCAACGAUGCCAUGUCAGUAGAGGAAUUCAACGAGAUUGAAAACCCACAGCCACUGCGCACUCUUUCAAUGAGCUCAUCUUUAAACAGAACGAGCCAGAGCACAGACCAGAGCACAGACCAAAGCACAUACCACAGCACUGACAAGAGCACGCUUGUUGAUAUUGAAGUGGUUGACCAAACGGAAAAUGCAACAACUCUGGAGGAAAACAUGGAUCAAACCACAUCACUCAUUCCAAACCCGAGAUUCUCCCGCUUUUCCUUUGGCGGGCUAUUAAAGUCCAGCACGACGACAAACGAGGUGGGUGAUAUAACCAUUAUGACUCAAACCAUGCAGCACUCAAACACUGUUAUUCGCAGGCCCCACAAAUCGCACUCGAACUUUACCGGGUUGGGCAUCCAGGUGCGCAACACGAUCAAUGAAGAUGAAGACGAGGAGAAGGAGGAAGUGGAAGUGGAAGAAGAAGUAGAAGAAAAAAAAGAAAGUGAUAAAAAACUUGUCGACACCCGUGGCGACUCCCCUUUGGAAGAUGAUCCCUCGGAUGCAACAACCAUAGAGUCCAGGUAUUCAUUUGUUGCGCUGGAGUUUUUGCAUACUUCCAAUAGCCAGCAACUGGAAACAAACUUAUCCAUAAACGUCAUUAGCUCACCGCCAAGCCAACAACCAAGCAGAGUUGACUCUAAGGAAACGUUAAUUAGACGCUCAAGUGACGAUACCAUUCAAGGAGAACACGUUCGCGACUCAUUCGCAGCUCAAGUAAACAACGCAGAUGACUAUUAUUCAAUAGCCGAGCAUUCCAAAUCCAGUCUGAUUCAGGAACCUCCACUUUUUGAGCUGCCUCUUUCGCCACCUCCUGCUGCUGCUGGACACUCUCCUGCCGGAGUCCAAGACGACAAAGGUGGCGCCUUGAAAGAGGCAAGACUUUCAACAGCAAUCUUUAGCACCGCUUCCAACAAGAGUCCUCGCGUGCAGCUUCCACCCAAUGAUAAUGAUGGUGGUGGUAGUCCCGCUUCAGACACCAUUGAUGUAAAGAGACAAAGCACCUUGGGCUAUCGAACUAGCAUUAUGAGGAACCCGAUUGUGGAUACACCACCGGAGCCCAAAGAAACAUCCUUGUUUAGAAGAUUGUCCAAAGCACCCAAAAGGUCUGCACCGCCAGCCCCAAACUCGGCACAGCCCAUGCCUGGCCACUACCGGUUCUCGCGAACUUCCGGUGCUUCCAAGCCUCUUGAAAAGCAAGAGCCUACAAAGAGUAACUGGUUCAAGAAAUUUUUUCAAUCACUCACGUCUUCCAAACAACCACACUCUAAAAACAAAGUACCCAUCUCCAACCGUUACAUUGGCAAGGAUAUCAAAAUUCUUGACUCGUCGCUCCGUUCAGCGCAUCUCAUCCGAGUCAUCAAGGAUCAAAUGGAAUUGAAAGAACUCGAGGGGUCUCUAACUAAAGUCAGCAUUGAUGAAGAGUUUGGGCUCAUCACGGGCACGAUUCCAAGCAAGUUUUCGCACGGCAGAAAAUUGAAAUUCAGAAUGGAGAUGAUCGAUUUGAUCACUUCGAGUUCUUUGCACAUAAUGAAAGUCAAGGGCCCCGACAAAAGUUUCCAAAACUUUACCAAAGUCGUCUCCUACGUUAUCAGAAAGGAAGAGCAAAUUCAGAGCUAA